AACACUGACAGCACCAGCAACCAAUGGUCGCGAAGGGCGGUAGGGAUCUUCGCCAAUGAAGAGAGAGGGCGGGCGGGCGCACGUGGCGUGCGGCCAAUGAUGAGAGAAGGCGGGCGGAGGCGCGUGGCGGCGCGAGCAGCGGCGGAGCAGCGGGAGGAGCAGGGGAGGCCCGGCCCGGAUCCGCGCAGCUCCCGGGCUCCUCCCGCCGCUCCUCCCGCCGCUCUCAGGGCUCAGGACCGAACGCUGGAUCCCGAUUUCUCAGUGAAGGAUGCCCCGCGCGGAACGGCGAUGGGGUCCCGGCGGCUGACAGCGCGGGAGCUGUGCGAGAUCGAUGACCUGGCGACCAGCCUGGUGCUGGACUCCGUGCUGGGCUUCCGCACACACAAAAUGGGCGUCAGCCCCCUCCCCGCCCUGCGGCGGAAGCACCUCCUGAGGGCAGCGGUUGAAGGCUUCCGGAGGCGGCGGGACCUGGAAGCGGCGUGGCGGGCGCUGAGCGGGAGCGGGGCCUGGGCCGCGGCCUUCUUCCAACGGCGGCGACCGCUGCAACGCGCCGCGCUUAAGAGUCACGUUUUCCACUACCUGCGCAUCUUCCUUCCCGAGAGCGGCUUCGCCAUCCAGCCCUGCAGCCGCUACUCACAGGAGACCAACGGCGCCCGCGUGGUCUCCACUCGCACCUGGCAGAAGAACGACACGCUGGAGCUGCUGGUGGGCUGCAUCGCCGAGCUGCGGGCACACGAUGAGGCGCUGCUGCGCUCGGGGGAGAACGACUUCAGCAUCAUGUACUCCACACGUAAGCAGUGCGCCCAGCUCUGGCUGGGCCCUGCUGCCUUCAUCAACCAUGACCUCCUUGCUGAUCGAUGCUGUUGCUUUCCCCUGUUUCAGACUGCCGGCCCAACUGCAAGUUUGUACCUGCAGAAGGGAACGUGGCACGGGUGCAGGUGCUGCGGGACAUCGCGCCGCAGGAUGAGAUCACCUGCUUCUAUGGGGACAGCUUCUUUGGGGACAACAACGAGCGCUGCGAGUGCUGCACCUGCGAGAGCCUCUCCCUGCAGGAAGGGUGAAGGCGCCUUCCGGAAACGCAAAGGGGGGGCUCAACCAGUGCCCCCUCUGACCCCCCCUAAAUACCUCCUGAGGGAGACAGACAGACGUCUGUGCCGUGCCAGGGCUUCGGGGGGGACGCGGAGCCACCCCCACCGCCAGCACCGCCGCCGCCGUCUUCGUGGCACCAGCCGCCCCCCAGCCCCGCGACCCCCCCAGCUCCGCGUCGUCCUCCACGAUUGCAUCUCCUGCGGGGGGGGCUGCCGCCUGCAGGGCAGGGAACCCCUGGUCUGCCUGUGCCGCCUGCCCCCCCCAGAGCCCCCAGCAGCAGCAGCAGCACCCCGACCCACCCCCCCCACCCCCUCACUCCUCUUCCCUUUGCAAGACCCCAAGCUCUCCCUUUAUGCCCACGUUCGCCUGGGCCCUGCUGGGGGGAGCUGCGGGGGGGGCACAGCCAUGAUGUCCCCCCAGAAGCACCCGGGGGCAUUCGGGGCCACCGGGCGGCUGCGCCUCGUGGUCACACACGGCUCCAUCGCCCUCGACGUGGCUCCCGAUGUCCCUUCAGUUUAACUGGGUGGCGGGGAGGGGGAGCGGGGGAACACCCAACACCUACCUCACCCUGGGGGCAGGGAUCCCUUGGUGCUGGGGGAGGGGUAGGGGGGAAGAGGGGGUUUUUGAGUGGAAAAGGUGAUACUUUGUUGUCGUUUUGUUUUUUUCUUUUUCUGGUUUUUACUGAAAUAAAGGAAAAUAGAAACAAA